AUGGGGGCAGACAGGAUGAGUGCAAGGCGGGACGGGCACUAUCGGGGCGGGCACAGGCAGGACGUGGACAGGGACGGGCAGGAGGGGGCCAGACAAAAGAACGACAGAAGCGUGGCGGAUCCGGGGCACCCCCCACCCCUUUUCCCCCCAAAGGCGGGGCCUCUCCGCCCCUUUUCCCCCGGCUUCUCCCGGCGGCGGCGGCCGGAUGCGGGCGCUGCGGCUCGGGGCACGGCUGACACCGGGAGUGCUGGGGGCACUGCUGGGGCUGCUGGGGGCUCGGGGGGCGCUGCUGGGACCGGAGGUACAGGGUCUACUGGGGUGUUGGGGACACUUGGAGCACCGGGGCCACUGAGCAUAGUGUGGGUGCUGGGGCCACUGCUGGGACUAGGGGCGCUGGAGGUACUGGGGAUACUGGGAGCACUGGGGGCGCUGGGAGCACUGGCGGCGCUGGGGGUGCUGGGGGCGCUGCUGGCGCUGCUGCCGCCCCCCGCCCCGGCCGAGACGUUCUCUGCGAUGCUGAGCGUGCGGGGAGCGCUGGGCGCCGAGCGCCGCCUGCUCCGCCGGCUCCGCUCCUACCUGCGGGACGAGAGCUCCCGCCUGCGCCUCCUCCGCAGGUUCUAUGAGAAGGUCCAGGCACUGCACCAGGACCCCGAGGCCUCGGUGGACAACCCCUUGUUGGCCUUCAGCCUCAUCAAGCGCCUCCACUCUGACUGGCCCAACAUCAUCUACAGCGACGAGGCCACCAGGAACACCCAGGCACUCCAUGCUGGCCUCAGGGAGGUGGAGCAGGAGCUGCCUGGAGCUGAGGACCUGGAUGGGGCGGCCAGGGCGCUGAUGCGGCUGCAGGACGUCUACGCACUGAGCGUCAAGGGCUUGGCCAGCGGCAUCUUCCAGAGAGCCGGGCACCCGCCCCUCUACAGCCCCGGCCGGCGCGCCUCCCUCUCUGCCGACGACUGCUUCCACGUGGGAAAGGUGGCCUAUGACACAGGUGACUAUUACCACUCCAUUGCGUGGCUGGAGGAGGCUGUCAGCCUCUUCCGCCUCUCCUAUGGCAGCUGGAACCUGGAGGACCGGAGCAGCCUGGAGGAUGCUCUGGACCAUCUGGCCUUCUCCUACUUCAUGGCUGGAAACAUCUCUCAUGCCUUGAGCCUCUCCCGGGAGUUUCUCCGCUACGAUCCCAGCAACCAAAGGGUGUCGAGGAACGUGGCCAAGUACAAGAAGCUGCUGGAGAUGGGGACGGGGGCAAGUGCCAGGCCCCUGCAGCGCCCCAACAGCACCCGCCUGCAGAGCCGCGAUGCCUACGAGGAGCUGUGCCAGCGCCCCGGGGGGCAGCCAGCCCCAGAGCAGCUCCUGCACCUCGGCUGCUCCUACGAGACCAAUGGCAGCCCCUUCCUCCUCCUCCAGCCUGCCAAGAAGGAGAUGGUCCGGAUCCAUCCCCAUGUGGCUCUGUACCAUGAUUUCAUCACCGAUGCUGAGGCUGAGACCAUCAAGGGGUUGGCAGGGCCCUGGCUGCAGAGAUCCGUGGUUGCCUCUGGGGAGAAGCAGCAGAAAGCCGAGUACCGGAUAAGCAAGAGCGCCUGGCUGAAGGACACGGCCGACCCCGUGGUGCGCGCGCUGGAUCGGCGCAUCGCCGCCGUCACCGGCCUGGACCUGCGGCCACCCUACGCCGAGUACCUGCAGGUGGUCAACUACGGCUUGGGAGGCCACUACGAGCCACACUUCGACCACGCCACGUCCACGAAGAGCCCCCUGUACAGAAUGAAGUCGGGCAACAGGAUCGCCACAGUCAUGAUCUACCUGAGUGCAGUGGAGGCUGGAGGCUCCACUGCUUUCAUCUAUGCCAACUUCAGCGUGCCCGUGGUCAAGAAUGCGGCUCUUUUCUGGUGGAACCUGCGGAGGAACGGGAAUGGUGACGGGGACACCCUCCACGCCGGCUGCCCCGUCCUGGCUGGGGACAAGUGGGUGGCGAAUAAGUGGAUCCAUGAACACGGGCAGGAGUUCCGGCGGCCGUGCAGUGCUGACCCGCAGGACUGAGCCGCCGUGGGACCCCAGAUGUGACAUCUGCAGGUGGCAAAGCCACCCCAGAUGUGACAUCUGCAGGUGGCAAAGGCACCCCAGAUGUGACAUCUGCAGGUGGCAAAGCCGCCCCGGCACAGCGGAGCGAGGAAGGGAGGGAAGGGGGUAGCAGCGGAGCAGGGGGCGAUCGGGAGGGGCGCUUGCUCAACCACGGCCAAACUGGGUGGAUGGAAAUAAAGUCAAAAGACACUAAACCGGAGUCUGUCCUGGGGUGCCAAGCCCUAUCCCUGUGGCUCCCAUCUGUUUUGGAAUGCUAAAAUCCAGUCUCGGGGAGAAGGCAGCUCCUUCCAGCCGUCCUGGCCCCACGCCUGCCUGCCUGCAGACAAGCUCCCUUUCUGCACCGUGACCGCAGCCCCGCGGUGAGUGGCAGGCGAGCAGCAGAAAGCAGGCAGCCGGGCCCGGGCAGCGCACGGGGGCCGGGCAGGAGCCCGCGCCCGGCCGGCACCUCCGUGGGCGGCUGCCCGAGAGCAGGGAGGCUCGGGCUGCGGCACAGCGGCUGCCCAGCUCCGGCCAGCCGCAUGGUCCCGGCGGCUUUCCUGCUCCCUGCUCCCUGCUCCG